AUGGGUUUAUUAUUGGCGGUAAAUGCCGGUAGCCACCACGAACCAAGAAUAGUUAUUUUACGCUAUUUCGGUGAUAAGAAAAACAAAAGUAAUAUUUUGGGACUAGUAGGAAAAGGUAUCACCUUUGAUAGUGGCGGAUAUAAUUUAAAAUAUUCGGCAGCCUUGGAAACCAUGAAAUUCGAUAUGUCGGGAGCGGCUGUGGUGUGUGCUUCCUUUCUAGUUUUGACCCAAAACAAACCAAAAAUAAAUGUGGUUGCCGUUGCUUGUUUAACAGAAAAUGUCAUUGGGGGGCACGCUACUCUUACGGAAUCGGUAAUAACUUCCAUGAGUGGCAAAACGGUAGAAAUCAAUAAUACGGACGCGGAAGGUCGUUUAGUUCUGGCCGAUGGCAUUACUUAUGCGAUUGAGAAAGAAAAAGUCACUAAGAUUAUUACGGUAGCUACUUUAACGGGAGCAGUAGUGGCAGCAUUGGGAGAAAAUUUGUCAGGAAUAUUAACUAAUAACCGAAAAUUUUACCGAGAAUUGCGGCGAGCCAAUAUUAGCAGUAGUCGUUAUAUGGGCUCUUCUAGUGGUGGCGCAUUUUUACAAGAGUUUGUCCAAAAACUCCCAUUUAUUCAUUGUGACAUUGCGGGAACAGCCUGA